AUGGAGAGCCGUUACCUCUCCCAGCAGCGCUCAGCAGCAGUCGAUGCAGCGCGCAACAUCACUCGCGAGAAUGCUCAAGAAAAAGCACAAACAUCAGCCAGCUCAUCACUUCUCAAGCCAAGUGCACAGUUAACCAUGGACCGCUUUCUACAGGACUUGCCGAAUGCCGAACAACCGCCGGUUGACUUUUCGCCCCAGUACCACACAGGCCGCGUGCCAAACAGCAAAGCUGGAGAUGGCAAACCGCGGCUGCUGCUCAUGGGUCAGCGAAGGAGUGGAAAGUCGUCGAUAUCAAGUGUCGUCUUCCACAAGUUGCCGCCGAGCGAAACCUUGUAUCUAGAGACUACCUACAGGAUCAAGAAGGAGUCUAUGCACUCGUUCAUGGACUUUCAAGUAUGGGAUCUCCCAGGCCACCUAGACUACUUUGAUCCAGCCUUCGAUACCGACAACAUCUUUGAGGAAAUCGGAGCGCUUAUAUGGGUCAUUGACGCACAGGACGAGUAUCUCGAUGCUAUUGCCCGGCUCAACAUGACCAUUCUCAACCUGCAGCAAUCAUACCCCAACAUCAAUGUGGAAGUGUUUGUCCACAAAGUCGACGGAUUGUCAGAUGACUUCCGCGGUGACACCUUCCGUGAUAUCAUUCAACGAGUUCAAGACGAACUUUCAGACCACGGCUACGAGCAAGCGCCCAUAUCCUUUUAUCAGACGUCCAUCUACGACCAGUCCAUCUUCGAGGCCUUUAGUAAAGUCAUCCAAAAACUCAUUCCGCAACUGCCCACGCUCGAGGCAUUGCUCAACAAUUUGUGUGGGGCUUGCAACAUUGAGAAAGCAUAUCUCUUCGAUAUUAUGAGCAAAAUAUACAUUGCAACUGAUACGAGCCCAACCGAUAUCGGCAGCUAUGAGAUCUGUUCCGACUACAUCGACGUUGUCAUUGAUGUCAGUGAGAUUUACGGUUGGGAUCGGCCUGACGACGGAGACAAUGAAAGUGAGAUGGGCAACAACGAUGCAGAGAGCUUGAUCACCAUGGAGAAGAAGAACAGCAGGUAUCUCUACUUGCGUGAGAUUAACAAGUAUCUCGCAUUGGUGUGUAUCAUGGGCCAGGACAAUCCAGCAGAGAAAAAGGCUCUCAUCGACUACAAUGUCGGAGUCUUCCAGGCGGGUCUCAAACAGGUUUUCCCAAAGAGUGACCGAGAGGCCCAAGUCGAAAUCCGCAACAUCCAUGACUCCUUGGAUCAAUGA